AGAUUUUUGUUUUUAAUAUUGUGGAUCCCAAAUAUGAAAUUUCGCAGUAAGCCAUAUCCGAAAACGUGGUUCGAGAUUCUGCUUUCACUGAGUAUACUUAUACUCUUGCCGGUGACAUUCGUAUUUGACAUAUUUUUUAUACUGCCAGCUCUACACGAGCCAUAUUCCUUUUGGUACUACUUCAACAUCGUGUUGGCCGUAUUCCUGAACCUCAACAUCGAGGCCAACAUGCUGGCAGGCAUGUUGAUCGACACAAGCGUCGAUUAUGAGCAGUGCCAGCCGCCGCCUGAAGGCGACGCAGCUCGUUUGGAGUGGAGGCAUUGCACGACCUGUGAUCGCUUGGCGCCGCCCAGAUCGUGGCACUGCAAGCUCUGUGACGUCUGCAUACUGAGGCGCGAUCACCACUGCAACAUUGUGGGCAGCUGCGUGGGGCAUCACACUAUACGCUAUUUUGUGUGCUUCGUAAUACAAUUCACCUUCGGAUCGGUCUACUCCACGAUCUAUCACUUAUACUUUAUGUUGAGCUACAAUUAUACCAUGGUGGUCAUACAUUUGAUUUGCGGUCCUUUUCCACUCUUCGAGCUGGUGACCCUCAAUGUGUUCAGCUGGAAGUUGCUUGCACUGUACUCAACUUGUACGGCAUUUCGCUAUUAUCUGCCGCAUGUGUUGCACGGGACUGUGCGCUUUGAUCGUGGACCGAAGUACGACUGCGGACUCGCCUACAAUCUGCGAUGUGUCUUUGGCGAACGGAUGUUUCUGGUUUUGCUAUCGCCUUUCAUAAGCAGCAAAUUGCCCACGGAUGGCUAUUCCUUUCAAAUUAAUCCAAAUCACAUAACGGCAAAAAGUGUGAUGGCAGUUUAACUGAUGUAAUAAAUAAC